UGAAUACAAGUUUAUGUAAAUAGAUGUUCCUUUCGUUGAAACAAACUCAUAGUCCGUUCCUGGAGUUUAAAAUAAAAUUUAAUGUUGUAAUAUUAAUACAGGAAAAUGUCACUUUCUCAUUACAAUGUUUACGUUUUGGUUUUUGUGUUUCUUAUUGGUAUCCAACAUUGUGGAGCAGCCGACUAUUGUGUUUUCAACAGCGGUCAGAGCUACUGUGAUAAUGGGUGCUGUACAGACGCCUGCUGUGAUAUGUCGACAUUGGCGAUUAUUGGUCUGGUUAUAGGCGCCAUUCUGUCCUUAGCCGCCGUAGCCGGCUGCAUCGUCUGCUUGGUGUGUAUGUGUAAACAGUCAAGUGCAAAUAGUGGCGCAAAUAUGGUACAACCAAUGCCCAACAACUCGAACACUGUGUAUGUUCACAAUGCACCAAACCAUCCACCGCCUCGGGCUGCGCCACCAAGUUACGGGCAGUACGGCUCUUAUCCAGGAAGCGCAGACAAUAUGUACGGGUUCAACGAUGCUGCAUACCCACCGGGAUCUCAUCCGCCGCCCGCAUAUUCGUACUCUAAUCCACGGUCGGAUAAAUAUUAGCUGAAACUGAUAAAUCUUCAAUAUGA